AUGAUCGAAGGUCUGGACAACGACGACAAGUACCGUAUGGUCGAGGACGAACUCUUCACCAUCGCGGGGCAGUUCACUGCCCACCUCCACGCAGCCGAGUACCAACGCCUCAAAGCUCAGGCGCGGUCCCAAAACGCGGAAACGAUCAAGAACAUCUCCCGCCCUGUCGUCGGCUCUCUCACAGAGCUCGCGCGCAAACGGCAGGAGGAGUUGCUACGUAAGAAGAAGCAGCGCGAUGCCUUGCGGCAGGCAAAGCAGGAAGCCGGCAGGGAUGACGAUGAGAGCGGAGACGAGACCAGUAUGCUGUGGCGGGGAACUUCACUGCAAGGCCUUAUGCAUAGCCCGAGGAAGAAGGAGGUGCCGUUGAUGGCGCUUACGAGGGCGGAUUCGGGAAUGAAUGCUUCGAGUCUGUUUGGGGGCGUGGUGAGGUCUCAAAGAAAGACGCCGGCGGCUGCGAUGAAGCGUGACGAUGAUGAUCAAGAGACGGAGGAUGAGAGCGAUGACCUUGGUGGUCCCAGUCGAAUCCCAGCGAUGAGGGGAGCCGCUGGCAGCAGAUCAGCGACCGGGAGACCGGCUCGUUCCCCGAUGUCUGUUACGGAAGUACCUAGUCAACCUAUCCCGCGACAACGAGUGAUGCUAAACACCAGCACUCGGAUAGAAGAGGCCCAGUCUGUUACACACAAGGGAGGGCUACCCACGGUAACGGCGACGAGGCCAACCUCAUCGAACACCACAACGAAGAGAACACCGAUACUUCACGAUGAGGAAGAAGCUGAAGACGAUGACGACAUAUUUACGAGAUUCAAGAAACGAAAGGCCACCUCAAGGCCACACCGUCAAGGACCGGAGAAGAAGGAAGAAAAGCCGGAUGCGAGGGAGAAUCGAGAUAUUAUCCCAUCAUUUAUCUAA